AAGCAGCCGGUGCAGCUGUGUCGCACUAUUGAGCUGGUGGUGCUAAUGCGCCAGCAGUGGCGACCUGCCGGUAUGUUGAUCAGGCGGUUCCAAACGGACGGGCUGCCGAUCCGAGCAUGUGGUGCCGACACGUCGGUAUCCUCAUCAGACACACCAUGCCUACAAGGCGAAAAGCUGUCAAAUCCAUGUUAAAUUAUGGUUGUUUGGGAGCUCGGGAACGUAUUGGAAGAUCUUAAUGAAAACAAUGAGCAUGAUGAUGGUGAGGAAAACAACUCGGAGAUCUCGAAUGAAGAUUACAUUAGUCAGCUCAUUUCCGAAUGUCAUAAUGCGUACGACUAUUACGGUGAAUCCGACGCGGAGACAGGCCUUGAUGUCGAAUCAUUAGCUGCACCUGAUUCUGGGGAGUCGCAAUCGUCGGUCAUCAUGAGUGAGGUGAUAGAAGUUGAGGGGAAAAAGAAUGUCCAAGAUACUGCUAGUGCAGAUGAUAAGAGGGAUAUGUUCAUGCAGAUAAUACAAAUGACUUUUACGUCUCACGAGCCUGCGUAUGAUUUCUACAACAGCUAUGCUAGAGAUAAUGGUUUCAGCAUUAGAAAGAAUAGGGUCAGGUAUAGCAAAACCGAGUCACGUCACAUGCGUUAUAGGCGGUUUGUUUGUUCCAGACAAGGAAAACGUGACAGCAGGUUGCUAAUCAAGGAAGGACACAGCCGUAGGCUCAGACCCGAGACACGCUGCCACUGCGAAGCGCACCUGACCGUGAAGCUUGACCAAAAGCGUGGGGUUUGGUAUGUUGAUAGUUUUGAGGACAAGCAUAGCCAUAUCUUGGCAGGACCGGACGAGGUACCUUUUCUUUGGUCCCACAGAAAAAUCAAAGAGUACCAGAGAGCUGAGAUACUGUCCAUGGCAGCUGCAGGGAUUAGAAUUCACGACAUGAUGGAUUCCUUCAUCAGCAAACAUGUAUGGUAUGGCGGUGUUGGUUUUACCAGGCGUGAAAUAUACAACCUUUGCGCCAGGGAGAAGAGGAAGCUGCUUUCAAAAGGUGAUGCUGCCACAGUCAUAGGCAUCAUGGUCAGUAGGAAAUAAAGGGAUCCUAGCUUCUUUUUCGAGUACAAGCUAGACAAGGAAGGACAUAUGAAUAGGAUGUUCUGGUGUGACUCCCAGUCUCGUCAUGACUAUGAGGACUUCGGCGACGUGCUUGUAUUUGACAGCACGUACAAGAUGAACCGGUAUGGUAUGCCAUUCAUACCCUUUGUUGGUCUUAACAAUCACCGGAAGACCACUGUUUUUGCUUGUGCCAUAGUUUCGGACGAGACCGAAGAGACAUAUGUGUGGCUGCUGGAGACUUUUUUGAGGUCCAUGUGUCAAAAGAUGCCGAAGAGUGUUAUCACGGACGCCGACGCUGCGAUGAUCAAGGCAAUUCGCCAAGUCUUGCCAGACGUGUGGCACCGUAUAUGUACGUGGCAUAUAGAAAAAAAUAUGAAGAUUCACCUCAGUCACAAGUCCUUGAAGGAGUUCCGAACUCUUCUGUACUACAACACGUCCACGGCCACGUUUGAGGAGAGAUGGCACGCGUUUUCCAAAAGAUGGCAGUCGGAAAAAACAGUAACAUGGUUGAGACGGAUGUAUAAGAAGAGGAGACCGUGGGCCGCGGCUUAUCUGAUAGAGGGUUUUUGGCUUGGCAUGAAAAGCAACCAGAGGAGUGAAAGUCUAAACUCAUGCCUUCACCUCCACCUAGACGGUGAAAUGACCCUGGUGGAUAUGAUUUUGCACUAUGAGAACGCCGUUGUACGUAUCCGUGAGAAUGAGGCACGA